AAUGCUUUCUCGGCUUACAUCUCGCUCCCUCGGAACCUCGGCUGCGUGCUCAAGAACAGCUGGUAUCUUCAGAGAUGAAAGAGAAGUAGCAUUCCCAAUCGCUGGAAAGUCACCAAAGGUUGUAUCGUUGGCUGAAGCAACACGCGAUAUCAAAAGUGGAGACAAUGUAUUCGUUCACGGAAUCGCUGCCACACCAACCCCACUUCUUCAAAGUCUUUCGGAGCAUGCUGUCGCCAACAACUUGAACAAGAUUAAGCUUCAUCACUUGCACUUGGAAGGAGCUACACCAUGGACCGCCGAAGGAGUCAGAGAUAGAAUCAGAUCAAACUCCCUUUUCACCGGACACAAUUUGAGAGCCUGCGUCAAUAACGGAAUCGCUGACUUCAAUUCAUGCUUCUUGUACGAAGUUCCACUUUUGUUCCGCAAGGGAGCCAUCAAGCUCAAUGCUUCCCUCAUCCAGGUCUCACCACCAGAUGCAUUCGGAUUCUGCUCUUUGGGAACUUCAGUUGAUACCGCUCGUGCUGCAGUAACAAACUCUCCAUUGAUUAUCGCAAUGGUCAAUAAGAAUAUGCCACGCACAUUCGGAGAUGGAGUGAUCCACGUUUCACACAUUGACUAUCUUGUCAAUGAGGCUGACGGAUUCGAGCUUCAUCAACGUAAUAUUGGUCCACAAAAUGACCAAGAGAAGAAGAUUGGAAAGAUCAUUGCAGAAAAUCUUGUUGAUAAUGGAGCUACUCUUCAAAUGGGUAUCGGAGCUGUCCCAGAUGCUGCUCUUUCUGCUCUCAGCAACCACAAAGAUCUUGGAAUCCACACUGAAAUGUUCUCAGAUGGAGUUCUUGAUUUGAUCGAGAAAAAUGCAAUUACCAAUGCCAAAAAAGCUAUCCAUCCAGGAAAACUCGUUGUAUCAUUCGUUUACGGAUCGACCAAGCUCUACGACUACCUCAACGAUAAUCCAUUGAUCGAGUUUGGAGAUGUUAACUGGGUCAAUGAUCCAGCUGUUGUUCGCAAAAAUCCUAAAGUCACUGCCAUCAACUCUGCCGUCGAGAUUGAUUUGACCGGACAAGUUGUGUCCGAUUCAGUUGGAAAACGAUUCUUGUCUGGAUUUGGAGGACAAGUUGAUUUUAUCCGUGGAGCAGCAAUUGGAAACGAUGGUCUCGGAAAGCCAAUUAUUGCACUUCCAUCAAUUUCAAAGAAGGGACAGAGCAAGAUUGUUCCAACAAUCAACGAAGGAGCUGGAGUUGUUACUUCCCGUGCUCAUGUUCACUAUGUCGUUACCGAAUAUGGAAUUGCUCAACUUUGGGGCAAGAAUAUGCGUCAACGUGCCUACGAAUUGAUCAAAAUCUCUCAUCCAAGUCAGCGUGAAUCUCUCGACAAGGCUGCAUUCGACCGCUUGAAGGUGAUGCCAUCCGCCGACUAAAUAUAUUUAACAUUUCUCUAUUGCUUCGGGUCUCUUGUAAAUCCUUCUCCCCAAUUUGUAGGAUGUAUUUUCAAUCUGAUGUUAUUCUUUUUAUGCCUUUUGAAAAUUCAUUUGUAUAUUUUUAAUAGCAAUAAAUGUAUGAAUGGUU